AUGACAGAAUGCCACCCAUGGCUGACAUGUAAGGAGAUCAGGAAAAUGAAUAUGGGUGGUCUUAUUGGUUAUGGAGCUGUUAAACAAAUUUAUAAAUCUCACUGGGGGAAAGAUGUAAUCGCAUAUAAUGUCAUAAAUAAUGUUGAGUACUUAAAUGACUUUAAAGAUGGUUUUGAAAAUUUGAAAAUAUUAGGACCAAGUGAUUUUAUAGUUCAAAUUGUUGGGUUUUGCUUGGAAGACAAUGUUUUCCUAACUGAAUAUCAUCCACUGGGAAAUCUUUUGAAGGCAUUUAGCUCUUUACAUGAAAAAAUAAGCCUGAAAGAUAGGUUUCUGUUUUGUAUUAAGUAUGUUAAAGUCCUUGCAUUUUUACAUGACAGUCCAGCGGGGAAAAGGGUCAUGUGUGAUUCUAGCACACUAAACAAAACUCUAGAACAGUAUUUGGUUACAGCAUCACUAAAUUUGGUGCUAAAUGAUGCUGAUGCAUUGCCUGAAAUUAGGGAACAAGGCAUUGUUUGUGGUCAUAAAGAACUUGAUGGCAGUUUUAUUGCUCCUGAGCAAAAGUGGCCAUACCCAAAAGAGGAAUUUAAAGAAGAAAUGAUGAUACCAUAUAAUGAGAAGUCUGAUAUAUGGAAAAUCAGUGAUGUGUGCAAUUAUUUCAUAGGAAAUUCUGAAGAAAGUAUAGCUUUUAAAUAUCACUUGUACCCCAUUCACUUCAAAUGUCGAAGAAAAAUCCCAAAUCUUAGACCUACUGCAUCUGAGGUAAUACAAUUUUACAACAAGGUGCUGUAUGAGUAUUUUUCAGCUCAUGAUAAUUUUAUUAAAGAAGAUUUAUAG